GCCGCGGCUGGUGCCGUAGCGGGAGGAGAGGGAGGAGGCGGUGCGUCCCCAGAGGCGUGCGCCCGGGCCGACCGACAGACCCGCGGACGGACGCACGGAGGGAGAGCGCGGCUGUGAGAAAUCUGCUGGUACUGUGGGAACACUUCAGGGGCUGCCGAACGCCAACUUGCUUCGUGUGUUGUGGGCAGGUCUGGGGCAGGUGGCAGCUCCGUGACCUACCACCAUGAUUGGAGACGGACUUUUCGACGAGGAAACCCAAACAGUCGAUGCCGGCCAGGGCGAUGUGGCUGUCAAAAGGUUUUGACAAAACCUGCUCUGUUCCCUGUGGGGAUUCCGAAUGAGGGAGAUUGCAGACACCUUCACUGGGAAGCCAAGGACAUUUCUGUAUAAUCAGUGGAUGAAAGGAUUUUCUCAGACUUUCCCCCCCCUGUUCCUUGAGGAUUAAUCCACCGCAGUCUAUACAGUUCCAGUGGAAACCGCAAGGCACAAGAUGUGGCAGAAGCCGAGAGUGCCUGCAGAACUGUUCUGGACACUUCCUUCCUUGGCUUAGGGGAAUUGAACCACAUGCCACCUGCCUCCCCUCCCUGACUCCCUCCUGCUGGCCUCUCCCCUUUAACCUGUUCUUAUUUUCUGAGUUAAAUUUCUUGUUUCCGAAACGGUCCCCAGGAGGUCUAAGUGGAUUGCCAGAAAUGAGAGAUUAAGCACUGGGGGAAGAGGACGCGCCCUGUGUUGUGUCUUCUCUCCGCUGCCGCCGACAUGAAGUGCUGUUUCCAGGUGCUGAGCUGUCUGGCUGUGCUGGGUGUCGUGACAGCACAGCGGCACGUUGCUGUCCAGGAAGGACCCUUGUACCGCACAGAGGGCUCCCACAUCACCAUCUGGUGCAAUGUGAGUGGCUACCAGGGACCUUCCGAGCAGAAUUUCCAGUGGUCCAUUUACCUGCCGUCCGCCCCAGAGCGUGAGGUCCAGAUCAUCAGCACCAUGGACUCCUCCUUCCCUUACGCCAUCUACACCCAGCGUGUCCGCGGUGGGAAGAUCUAUGUGGAGCGAGUCCAGGGGAACUCGGCCUUAUUGCACAUCACGGAUCUCCAGGCCCGGGACGCUGGGGAGUACGAAUGCCACACACCCAACACCGAUGACCGCUACUUUGGGAGUUACAGUGCUAAGAUGAACCUAAUGGUGAUCCCAGACUCCCUGCAGACCACCGCCAUGCCGCAGACUCUGCUCAAAGUGGAGCAGGACCCCCUGGAGCUCACAUGCGAGGUGGCCGUGGAGACGUUCCAACACAGCCACCUGUCUGUGUCCUGGCUCCGGCAGAGAGGCAGCGAGAAGCCUGUGGAGGUCAUUGCCCUGAGCCGAGAUUUCGUGCUUCACUCCAGCAGCGAGUACGCCCAGAGGCAGAGCCUGGGGGAGGUGCGGCUGGACAAGCUGGGGAGCACCACCUUCCGCCUCACCGUCUUCCACCUGCAGCCUUCCGACCAGGGCGAGUUCUACUGUGAGGCCGCCGAGUGGAUCCAGGAUCCGGACGGCUCGUGGUACGCCAUGACCCGGAAGCGUUCUGAGGGAACCGUGGUCACGGUCCAGCCCACAGACAAAGAGUUCACCGUCCGGCUGGAAACAGAGAAGCGGCUAUACACCAUGGGGGAGCCGGUGGAGUUCAGAUGCAUCCUCGAGGCUCAGAACAUUCCUGACCGAUACUUCGCCGUUUCCUGGGCCUUCAACAGCUCGCUCAUCGCCAGCAUGGGGCCCAAUGCCGUGCCGGUCCUCAACAGUGAAUUUGCCCAUCGGGAAGCCAGGGGACAGCUUAAAGUGGCCAAAGAGAGCGACAGCGUCUUUGUGCUAAAGAUCUACCACCUGCGCCAGGAAGACAGCGGGAAAUACAACUGUCGCGUGACGGAGAGAGAGAAGACGGUCACCGGGGAAUUCAUCGACAAGGAGAGCAAGCGCCCAAAGAACAUCCCCAUCAUAGUCCUCCCCCUCACAGAUGACUGGGUAGUUAAAGUCCCCCAGAACCACCAGAUCCUGCCCCAAGGCCACUUGGAGAGCAGCAUCUUUGUGGAGGUGGCCAGCAAUGCCAGCGUCAUCCUUGAGGGCGAGAACCUGCACUUCUCCUGUAGCAUCCGCACAGCGGGCCGGCCACAGGGCCGCUUCUCUGUCAUCUGGCAGCUGGUGGACAGGCAGAACCGUCGCAGCAACAUCAUGUGGCUGGACCGGGACGGCACUGUGCAGCCGGGCGCAUCCUACUGGGAGCGCAGCAGCUUCGGGUCUGUCCAGAUGGAGCAGGUGCAGCCCAACUCCUUCAGCCUGAACAUCUUCAACAGCAGGAAGGAGGACGAGGGCCAGUACGAAUGCCACGUGACCGAAUGGGUGCGGGCAGUGGACGGCGAGUGGCAGAUCGUGGGGGAGCGCCGAGCCAGCACCCCUGUCUCCAUCACGGCUCUCGAAACGGGCUUUGCGGUCACAGCCAUCUCGCGCACGCCGGGGGUGACCUACAGCGAUUCCUUUGACCUGCAGUGCAUCAUCAAACCUCAUUACCCAUCCCGGGUCCCCGUGUCAGUGACGUGGCGGUUCCAGCCGGUGGGCACCGUCGAGUUCCAUGACCUGGUGACCUUUACCCGGGAUGGAGGGGUCCAGUGGGGGGAUCGGUCGUCCACUUUCAGAACCCGAACGGCCAUCGAGAAGGCCGAGUCCAGCAACAACGUCCGCCUGAGCAUCAGCCGAGCCAGUGACACGGAGGCGGGCAAGUACCAGUGCGUGGCAGAGCUGUGGUGGCGCAACUACAACAACUCCUGGACGCGGCUGGCCGACAGGACCUCCAACCUGCUGGAGAUCAGGGUGCUGCAGCCAGUCACCAAGCUGCAGGUGAGCAAAUCAAAGAGGACCCUCACCCUGGUGGAGAACAGGCCCAUCCAGCUGAACUGCUCCGUCAAGUCGCAGACCAGCCAGAACUCGCAUUUUGCCGUGCUCUGGUAUGUCCACAAGCCCUCGGACGCCGACGGCAAGCUUAUCCUCAAAACCACGCACAACUCUGCCUUCGAGUACGGCACCUACACCGAGGAGGAGGGCCUGCGAGCCAGGCUGCAGUUUGAGAGGCACGUAUCCGGGGGCCUGUUCAGCCUCACGGUCCAGAGAGCCGAGGUCAGUGACAGCGGCAGCUACUACUGCCACGUGGAGGAGUGGCUGCUGAGCCCCAACUAUGCCUGGUACAAGCUGGCUGAAGAGGUCUCGGGGCGCACAGAAGUCACCGUGAAGCAGCCAGACAGCCGCCUGAAGCUCAGCCAAGUGCAGGGAAACCUGUCUGCCCUGGAGACUCAGCAGGUGCAGCUGGAGUGCGUGGUCCUGAACCGUACCAGCGCGGCCUCCCAGCUUGUGGUGGAGUGGUUUGUGUGGAAGCCCAACCACCCGGAGCGGGAGACCGUGGCCCGCCUGAGCCGCGAGGCUACCUUCCACUACGGAGAGCAGGCAGCCAAAAACAACCUGAAGGGGCGGCUGCACUUGGAGAGCCCUUCCUCGGGCGUCUACCGCCUCUUCAUCCAGAACGUGGCCGUGCAGGACAGUGGGACCUACAGCUGCCAUGUGGAGGAGUGGCUGCCCAGCCCCAGCGGCGUGUGGUAUAAACGGGCAGAGGACACUGCUGGGCAGACAGCCGUGACAGUCAUGCGACCAGACGCCACCCUGCAGGUGGACACGGUGGUCCCCAAUGCCACGGUGUCCGAGAAGGCUGCUUUCCAGCUGGACUGUAGCAUCGUGUCUCGCUCGAGCCAGGAUUCCCGCUUUGCGGUGGCCUGGUAUUCCCUGCGGACUAAAGCUGGAGGGACAAGGGGCGGCCCUGGCCUGGAAGAACAGGAGGGCGAGGAGGAGGAGGAGGAGGAGGAGGAGGAAGAUGGAGAGGACCCUACAGAGCGGACGGCCCUGCUGAGCGUGGGCCCAGAUGCCGUGUUCGGCCCAGAGGGCAGCGCCUGGGAGGGCCGGCUUCGCUUCCAGAGGCUCUCCCCUCUGCUGUACCGGCUCACCGUGCUGCAGGCAAGUCCCCGCGACACCGGCAACUACUCGUGCCGUGUGGAGGAGUGGCUGCCCAGCCCGCAGAAGGAGUGGUACCGCCUGACUGAGGAGGAGUCAGCCCCCAUUGGGAUCCGUGUCCUGGACUCAAGUUCCACCCUGCAGUCGGUCAUCUGCUCCAACGACGCGCUCUUCUAUUUCGUCUUCUUCUACCCGUUCCCCAUCUUCGGCAUCCUUAUCAUCACCAUCCUGCUGGUGCGUUUCAAGAGCCGGAACUCCAGCAAAAACUCGGACGGGAAGAAUGGGGUACCCCUGCUGUGGAUCAAAGAACCCCACCUCAACUACUCCCCCACUUGCUUGGAGCCCCCUGUGCUUAGCAUCCAUCCAGGAGCCAUAGACUGAGGGGGGGCCCCAGUGGACAUCAGCCACGGAGGAGCCGAGGUACCUGACUGCCCCUCGCUCUGUGACCGGACAGCGGACAACACCCCAACUGUGGAGUGCUCGCACAGAAAACUGUCAGACUGGAGAAGUGUCCCCAGUCCCUGAUCAGGUGCAGAGACAGACUGCUUCGAGGUGGCAGUCUGGGUGGGUUAGCUGUUUUCGAGCAGGUGUCGUCACCCUGCGGAAUUAGGUUUCUUGUUUUUUUUGUUUUUGUUUUUUGUUUUUGGUAACGUAGUGAGUGAGUAGCUCCAGGUGCCACAUCUAACUCACUGGUUUAUAUAGUAUUCUCAGAUAGGUAGAUGAGGGGUUCUCAUUCUUUGUAAUGGACUCUUCUUAAAUCCCUUUGGUUUAUCCUUUUUGGAUUCCGUAAUGUCGUGGCUGAAUUUCUCGUACGUACAACGGAUGGCAAAAGGAAGGACAAACUUUCGAGCGCAGAGGAAUCUCUUCCAAGACCUUUUUUUAAAAAAACAAAAACAAACAAAAACAAUUGAAAAUACCAUCCAUGGAUCAAAAUACACCCAUUUUUUUUACUUUCUUAACAAGACUUGAAAAUUAUGUCUAGUGUGGGCCCAAUUUGUAUCUUAUCUCUUCCCUCAACUGGAGUUGUUGGAACUACUUUGUAGUCAAGAUGAAAGCAUUGAAUUUUGCUUCAAAGAACUGUGUAUGUCCGAGAGGAAUCCUGUAUAACCCCAUUAGGAGUAGAUUGUGCCCGGCCAGCCUGUCUGUCAGGGAGGCAAAAGUAGGUAGGCUUCCUCCCAACCUUGCCAAAAAACGUAAGAAAACUUUAAGAACAUGUCCAAAGCUGCACGACAGCGCACGCUUUGCAAGCUAAUGUGGGCAGAAGGAUUUUAGCAGCUACUGACUUUCAGAUUGCUAAAGCCAGUGAUUAGUGAAGGAAGAAAGGAAGAAAGGCGAGUUGUUGGCUUGAGCUGUCCUGCCAGGGCAGCCCCUACCUGGUACCUGAGCAGGUGGGCUUCCGUUUUAAGGUGCUUUGCCAAACUCUUAAGGGAGAGUGGCCAGAGAGUGUAGGAAAGGGAGAGCGUUGAGCUGAACACACGGGUCCCAAGCAGCCACCAUAUAUACCCACGGAGGGCACUGGGGCUGGCUGGCAGCUAACUUCCUUGAAGAGUGGGACAGUCUGCAGUGGGAGGGGGUUCUCUGGAGCCUGAUGUUGGAGAGCGGGCAGGAAUCACUGCCCCCCUAGGUUUUUCUUCUUCCUUUCAGUGAGUAUCCUUGAAGAUAUUGAUGUCUUCCCUCCUUACCACUUACCUCUCCCUGCUUCUCACUGCUGUAAGACUAUCCAGGGGGAGUUCCCAGCGCAGCCCUUUGUAAUCCUUUCUGAACCUAGCCCCAGCAGAAAGUCUCACCUCACAUGUCUUUGUCUGUGGAGUUUUUUUUGUUGUUUUACCUUUCCCUUUCUUAGAGCUUAUUUGUGGUUUUAGGUGAUUUGAUGGUUCAUUGUUACAGAGGCUUUUAUUUACAUGGCCCUGGAAGGCUCACCAGCGCCAGUGUCACCCUGUUGUUUUACACUAUUGGGCAAGAAGCUUGGGACCCCUGGAGCAGCAGCAUCUGUUGCAAGCGUUUUCUUUUGCUUACUCCACGAAGAUGUUUUUAUGCCCUCGCGUUCCUGUUGUUUGCUGGCCAAGAAUGCCAUCUCCCUUCCUCUAUGAACUCGAGUCCCAAGGGAAUUCCCAGUUUGGAAAAAGCCACCAGGGAUUUUGGCACGAAGUGUAACCAGAGACGUUACUGUGAAACUCUGUUCUGAGAUUGAACAGACUCCAGGGGCGGCUGUAGGAGUCCUCAGGCCAUGUGGGCGCCAAUCCAUAUUGGGGCCUCGGGGGUCUAGGUGCUUUGGGGUGCUCAGCAGAUGCCUUGUUGAAUCCCAGCUGAUGGGAAGCAAGGUGACUGCUCACCCAUCUUCUGCCAAGCUCACAUGGCCCUGUCUCCUUUUCCUCCCGGGUCCACCAGUACUGUCCUACGAGACAGUGUGGGCACUGCCACCUUAAUCCCGCUGGUGCCUUCGUGUGCCCGUUUGCAUUUAUCAGCCUGCACGAAUGCUUUAGAGGUGCAGAAUCGGCUGAGUGGAGAGGAAGGCAGGCAGUCCUCUGUCCCAUUUCUUUAUUUCAGGGGUGUGGGCUCUAGCGGGAAAUUGCUGACCCCUCAUUUAUGGACGGAGCCAGUGAGGGAAGAUGGCUUACUGUUCUCUGACUGAAUGGGAAGAUGCCAGAGGGCGAUCUGGGACUGGGGUGCGCACCUAAGAUUUGAGUUUGAUUGGUUCACAGCUGUAGAAGGGUGGGCACUGCACAUAAUUGAAUAGGUGAAGCCGUUGUGGGAAAUUGGAAAGGAAAAAAAAAAAAACCAGAAGCCAGUAUUUUAAUAAUUGUGGUUUUUUUUUCUGUGUAUUUUCUAUUGGGCUGGGGGAGACAGUCAAAGGGUGAGCUUUUCUAGCUUUCUAUGAAAAUCCCCAGGACCUCCUUUCUUUGGCCAUUUCUAUGGAAAUGCUAGGUCAGAUGAGUGGUAAUGGUGCCCUCCAGUGGCUGGGAGACCUCAUUGCACAUUGUGGACUGGAGCCUUUAGUCCUCCUACCAGGGGAGAGAGACUUUAUUGAUUUAUCUACGAUGUUGCAUUAAUGAAACCUACUGUGGGCUAGGCCCAUCCAAGGACGUGGAUAUGACCACACCCUCUCUCACCAGGGUGUUUCUAUAGCAAAUUUUCAUAUUCUUGUCAAACAAUGGUUUCUCUGCGUUAAUUGUUGAAGGAAAAAAAAAGAGAUGGGGUAAGAAAACUACCCAUGCAUGGUAAUAGAGAACUGUUGAUUUUUUCGCUUGUUUGUUUUUUUUUAAAGGAAAACUAUUUGUAAGAUGUUGCACUAAAAUGUUUUAUAUACAUUUCAGACACCUGUAGUAAAUUAUGUUGAAAAUAUG